AUGGAGGGCGGAGUGGACCUGGAGGAACGAGGCUCACUGGACGCGGUGCCGGACAGAGAGGACCAGACGGCAGAGGAUACAGCAGAGUCUGGCGAAGAGAACAAAUUCCAGAAGGCCAUCGGAGCAUGGAGGAACAUCGACCUCACCACGCUCAUCCCGCAACUGGAUACCGUUGCCUCAGACCUCGUCGCACACCAACGAGACACGCUCACACAACGGAAGGACCUCGCACAGAAGACGAAGGACUUCAGGAAGCUCGACGAUGCAAGCAAGCUCACUGAUAUCAAGGCACUCUUGAAGUCAUACCAAAACUUCAUUGAUCUCAUAUCGAAUCAGUCCAAGGCCGUACAAGCUGCCUUCUUCCAGGUCUACUCCCCGCUGUCAGAAGCGCCCGACCCAUACCCGCUUCUCGAAGCCUCCGUCGACUCCCUCGUAACCGCCGAAGAGAUCGUACCGAAACUCACCUCCGAGAACGAGCGACUGCAAAAGUCUGUAGUGAGUCUAACCACGCAACUUGACGAUUCCGACAAGAAGCUCGAGGAGGAACGGACUGCGCGCCAAGGCCUCGAAGAUAGCCGGGACAGCAAGAUCAAGGAUAUUGAGUCGACAUGGUCGGCAGUGCUUAGCGAAAAGCAGGGCAACUGGGAAGCCAAGGAGAAAGGCCUAGAAGAAAAAGUAGAAAGUCAAGACCGACUGCUGAAGGAGCUAAAGGCUAGCUAUGAGGUCUCGCAACGACAAGGCAGGGGAGAGGAGGGCGAAGCAACGAGCGGCUCAGGUGCUACAGCUGCGGAACUCGAGAUCGUCAGCUCGGAACUAGAGAGGACGAGCCAUCGUCUCGCUGAAAUCGAAGCGCGGAACGAACAACUGCGCCUGGAGUUGGCUCAGACCGCCUCAGCACAAGCACAGUAUGUCGCUGUUGAAGACGACCCAUCUUUCCUCAGACUGCGGUCCGAGAACUCUUCACUGCUGCGGAAGCUUGAGCGUGCGCGCUUCGAGAAGGAUUCGGACCGGACUCGCCUGGAGACAGAGACUCGAAGCCUGGAGCGCGAAAUCAAGUCUCUCAAGAGCGAGAAGGAGGCAUUGCGUGAAAAGGUUCAUAAAUGGGGUGACUAUGAGAACGUGAAACAGGAACUGGAAGUCUUGAAGUCAAUUGAAUUCGCAACCGGUGAUGACGACGAUGAGGCCACCGAGUUCGCCCUCUCACAGAACGGCGCCGCUGGCAAAGGCAAGGGCGAGACAUUAGAACAGUUACUUCUCGCAAGAAACAAGAAGCUGAGCAACGAGCUCACCGUUCUUCGAGUGUCACAUCAAGACCUCCAAAGCCGCCUUGAGGCCCUCCAAGACGAGCUCUCAAAUACCAACAUGGACUUGGAGAAGUCUAGACAACUCAACGAAACUCUCGAGGCCGAUCUCGAGAAAGUGCAACAAGAAGCCACUAAUGCCUUUGAUCCGUCGGGCGCGUCGGUAGCAGGCACCUAUGUAUCCCGCUAUCCCCAAUCUUCUUUCGGGGGUGGGCGCCGUGGAAGGUCAUCACCCACAUCCUCCAUCAUCUCCGGCUUCGAUAACUCACAAGCCCCAACCCUCGCAUCGCUCCGUGCCGGUGGUGGCGAGCCUGUAGGAGGUGGCUCGGGCAUCCUCCCCAUGGUCACAGCACAGCGCGACCGCUUCAAGAAGCGCAACUCGGAACUCGAAGCCGACCUGCAGAAACUGCAUUCAACCGUCUCAGCCCUCCGUUCGGAAAUUGGCGCGCUACAAAAGGAUAACCUGGACCUCUACGAGAAGACGAGAUACGUGUCAUCCUACAACGCGCAUAGUAGGGGCCCGGCCUCAUCGGCGUCUGCAUAUGGCGCGAAUCCGAAUCCCUCGACCAUCAACGUGGGAGACGGUGGUGGAGGUGGUGGGGCAGUCGAUAAAUACCAAGCAAAGUACGAAUCCAAUCUCUCGCCCUUUGCCGCCUUCCGAGGCCGCGAGUCGGCGCGUGCGAUGAAACGGAUGCAUCUCUUCGAACGCAUAGUCUUACGCGUCACCAAAUUCGUCCUCCAGACGCGCACGAGCCGGAACAUCUUCGCGGCGUAUCUGUUCGGACUGCACUUUAUGGUGUUUUAUAUGUUAUUCUCGUAUGAGAGUGGGCAGAUGGGUGGUGUUAGCAGUGCGAUCGUGGGCGCCGCGGCACCUGGUGGGCCGAUAGCUGCUGGAGCCGACGACCCUACUAUCUGGCAGAAAGAGGGCUUUGAGACGGCAGCGUCGUAG